AUGGCAGACGGCCCACCCACCGGGAUGAUGUCGAGCACUGCAAUUGCGGCGGCGGCGCCAUCAGCCUCCGUUCAACAUCUGAACUCGUCCGCCACCCUCGCAACCAACCAGUCCCUCCUGUCAUUGUCGCCUCGGGCCCUACUGAAGCUUCCUCUCCAGGCAGUUCAUCAAGUAGAGGCCUUCACCUUCGUCACUUUACCUCGGAAUCUCGCACGAUUGGUCGGUCUAGAUAAUGUGGUGGUUGACGGAUGGUUAGGCAAUAUGCGAGCAGGGCGUGAUGGUGAUGCUUUGGCGGCUGCGGCUGCCACUGCCGCGAAUAAUGGUGCUGAAGGUGUGGCAGAAGCUGGUUUAGGUGAAGGAACACUGAGCUUCGCAGACGUGUUUCAAACCAUGAGAAGAUUCAGUGGGUUCUUCAGUUACAUGACGAGUCGAUGGUCUCUGGCCUGCUUCUCUGUAGCUUUGGUGCUGAACCGUGUGACCAUCUACGCAUCGACGAGACGACACCUCAGUCUUAGGUGGGACAAGCGCCUUGCUCUCCGCAUCAUUCCGAUCGUCCUCUUCGCGUCUCAAAUCUUGAGCGUACUUCGAGCGAUGCGUUGUCAGACCUCUCCUGACUACUCAACCAUUCGUUAUGGCCGUCCUGGGAAACGUAUGAGCCUUGACUAUGCUGGAAACGGGGGGUUCCUCUACGCGCUAAGUUCGACCCUGCUACCUUGGGAGACCGACGAACAGUCAUGUAGCGCGGUCCAUAUGGCGCGACCAAGUGAUAGCUCUGAAAUUCCUUACGGCUCCUUUACCCUAUUGUGGCCAGUGUUCAUGUGUUUGUGUUUGAGCCACUUUGUUGAGACGCUUUCCUGUGCGCUACAAGGCAGGACCGUUGUGACGGAAGCUGGAAUGUCAAUUUUUGAACAUUCUCUCGCGUUUGCAGAGGCAGAAACGAUGAUAAGCCAGUCUAUCGGUCUAGGGCUAUUUGGUUUGCCGAAAUCAAGUUCCACCAAGGAAGAAUUACAGUUGACAUCAGAGGGCGGCUCGUCAUCUCCAGUCCAUCUGCUCACUCGUGCACAAGUCCUCGAGAGGAUGAAUGUCACACCUGAGCUCCUUCUCAUUGUUCUUAUCUCCUGCUGCAACAGCCUGGCAUCAAAUGUUCUGGAUGUAUUUGGCAAACAAAGCCGAUAUCGUCUCCUAAAUACCACUAUCUGGGGACUUUGCUUCAUGGCCGCUAUGGUAUGGGGCUUCGUGGAUAGUUCGUCCUUGGGCAAUGACACGGGGGUUUUGAAGUUUCCAACAGUUUGCAUUGUGGGCUUCGUCCCUCAUCUAUUGAUCUUACUCGGCAUCCUCAUUUGUCUUUGCAUAUAUGGAAUUGCAGUACUCAUCACGGCCUUUGCUCUUCCUCCCGAUCUGCCCCGACCAUCUUCGUGGCGGGAGCGAUUUGCCUUGGCGCACGGAAACAUGCAGGGUGCGAACCAGAUCCGAAAUGUUCGUCUCAAUAGACAUGAAGACUUCUAUACAAUGCUUCUGAGAGUGGGCUACGCGGCUUUGACUGCCGCUAGCGAAGCGGUUUUCUUGAAUGAAGGAAGAAGCGUGGUUGCACGACGGAUGACCUGGUUGGAGGAAGAUCGACUGGCAGAAAUUGAAGCAUCACGGAGAAGAGAACCCUCCCGUGGAAGACUGUGGGCUGAGUCUGUUAAUGCGCAAUUCGAAGCCGGCGACACCUUUAGUUUCGAUAUUCCGCAGCGAUCAGAUGAGUGGGAGUCUGGAUAUGGUCGCGAAAAGAAACUCGAGAAACCGAGCAAUUCUUCUCGUCCAAUCCACUCUCAAUCUGGUCUUGGUGGCGUUGGGGCAUUCCAAGGGGCCACUAGAUGUUAUCACGGAUUUUCAUUCUUCAAAGGCAUAUUUUUCUUGCUUCUGAGAUGGUUUGCCCUCGGCCUGAGCAAGCUCCUGGACCGAGUGGGCAUCACUGCUCGACCCCGGUGGCUGAGCAAACUUAUCGGAGCUGGUAGAAAAGCUACAAAGCCAAGGACCAAAGAACAACCGGCGUCCUUGGACUUCUGGAUUUUGACGGAUGAGGGUGAGCUGGAAUUACCCGAAGAUAACGAGUUUGACGUGGAGAAGGAGAUGCGAAAGAGAGAAUCGCUGAACAAGUCUCACUGGGACGAGGCAGACGAGAGUCGUCUGGACACUAAGCUCUACAACUGGUGGAAGGCUGGGGGUUCGUGGGGAGACCAGGACGAGAGCGCCGAUUAUGUUCCUUCUGAGAGUGACCUCGAAGACACCACCAGCGUGAUCUCAACCACGACAAACGAUUCAGAAUGGGAGGAUUACGACGACUCAGACGGCCGCCGCACACCUACGCAACAGAACCCAUUUCCUAGGCGCUUCUCACGUGAAAGCUCGCCUGUGCAGGAGUCACUCCUGGACACGACUUCUCUUGCCCGACUCCUCGACCCUCGUGACCGGGAAACCAAGAAUGAAGCGCGUAUACUUGCAGCUCACUUGGCCGCUGAGAAGGAUGGUCGGAUCAUGACACGCAGCCGCUAUCAGAGGGAGGUCGAGAGGGAACGAGCACGAGUUUUGAUGCCUCCACGAUUCCCCAGUCAGGAUAACUCCCAGCCUAACAAUAACGGUGAGAAACGCCGACCCGCCCCGGAGGAAGAAGCGGAGAUACUGGAGAACCUGAUCCUCUCUCGACGACUGGAAAGUUCGACUUCUCGCAGCCGCGAACCAACGUCGUGGCAAUCCGGGGCCUCAGGUCUCGGACCCGACGGGCCGCAAUGCGUCAUCUGCCAGACCAACCCACGGUCCAUCAUCACCUGGCCCUGCCGCUGUCUCUGCGUAUGUGAAGACUGCCGGGCUGAUGGUUAUGUAUUUGGUGGGGGAAGAUAUCUUUGGGCAUCAUAUCUCUUUCUUCUGCUCCUUCUCCUCCUUGUCAUUCUCCAUUUCCGGUUUUACACCCUUGACUGUCUUAUAGAGACUGCUCCUGUAUUAUCAAAACUAGGUCGCGUCCUGCUCAAAUCAACGUCCAUCAUCAGAGUCGACUACGAAUGA